AUUUCUAAUAUUCUGUAUUAAUAUUCUUAUGGAACAUAGUGUUAUUUUAAGAUUAUUUAAAUGUAAAUCUAAGUCUAGUGUUCUAAUUAAAUAAGUAUAUAACAAAUAUGUAAGUGAAUUACCAAGGUGAAUUAGACUGUAAGUCAUUAAAUUAUAUCUAAGAGUUACAAACUAAAUCUAUUGAAUUAGCAUAUUAAACUAUUGAAGAAGGUAAAUGGGAAAAAGAAAUUGAGCAAGAUGGAGUUGUAUUUUAUUCCAAACCUGGCUCUUCAGGAUGGAAGAUCACAAGAUCUGAACUUUAUGCUGACAUUGACCCUAAGAAAGCUGUUGAUUUACUUAAAGAUCACACAAGAUUUUAGGAAUAUAAUCAUACAGCUUAAGAAGUAUUAUUAAACAUUAAAUAUUACUUUAGAUUAAUCUAAUUAAGAAAAUUGAUGAUAAUACUACUAUUUAAUAUGUUUUAACAAAACCUAAUUAAAUCUUAACAUAAUAAAGAGAUAUUGUAACUGUAUCCAGAGCAUCCUAAUUACCAGAUGGUACAAACUUUUUAGUUUGUAAAAUUUAUUGUUAUACAUUAAUAGCAAAAUCUAUUGAAUUAGCUGAAAUGCCAAUAAAAGAAGAAUAUGUUAGAGCAGAAAUAUUCCUUAGUUUCUUUGGAUUUAAACCACUUGAAAAUGGAUAAACUUUAGUGACAAUGGUUUAAAAUUUUGACCCAAAAGGAGAUGCUCCAAAAGAUCUUUUGAAUACUUUAGCCAAUAAGGUAGUCAACUAUAAUAAACUAUUUGUUGAGAAUUUGAAAAAGGCUUCUUUUAAAGAAUGAUAAAAAUAAAAAAUGUUAAGU